AUGAGGAUCGUCAUACCGGCGUGUGGUAAAGGCGAGCGCUUUCGCGCUGCGGGCUACGACACGAUAAAGCCGCUCAUCAAAGUGCACGGUGAACCGAUGAUCGACUGCGUCAUGCGGGCGUUGAACGUGCACGAUACGCUCGACGAACACGUCGUUAUCGUCAACUUUGACGCGAAAGACAUCAACCACGCGGUCGUCGAACUUGAUCGCGAAACCCUCGGAGCUGCGGAAACCGUACUGCUCGCACUCCAGGCGCGAGAGGGCGAAGACGUUCCCAUGCUAUUGGUGGACUGCGAUGCCAUAUACCACAGCGAUAUUCUCGGAAGAUUCCGCGCGCUCGAGGCACACACCGAUGUCCGCGCGGCGGUCUUGUCGUUCCACGAAGACGCCUCAGCGCUUCGCUCCAAACCCAAGUACUCUUAUGUCGCGGUUGAUGAGAAGAGCGACGUGAUGAAAAUCGCGGAAAAAGUCAGAGUCGGCCCACUCGCGAACACCGGCGCUUAUUGGUUUGCCAGCUCUACCGAGUUCGUAAAGUUAACACAGAUCGUCAUCGAAGGAAGACAAUUUCAGCACGGCGAAGCGUACGUUUCGUGCGUGAUCGACGAAUAUUUGAGGCAAAACAAAACCGUGCGAGCGGUGAUCAUUAAUGAAGACGAGUAUUCAAACAUCGGCACUCCAGAUUGUCUGGAACACUAUUUAAGCACACAAGGACGCGCGUUUUUGUUUGAUCUCGAUGGUACGUUGGUGGAUACGACUGCCGCGUACGUUCGCGCAUGGCACUCGCUACUUGCGCCGAAAGGCGCGCUAGUCGACGCCGAUUUCUUCAACACGCACAUCAGUGGACUCGCCGACGAACAAGUUCGGGAAAAAUUUAAAAUUGCGAUUUCGUCUGAAGAGAAAGAUGAAGAGUUUUUGAAGCACUUGACUUGUGUUGAAGCGAUUCCUGGUGCGGUGGAUUUCGUCAGAAAGUGUCAAGAGAUUGGUCCCGUGUACGUCGUGACCAAUUCGAACAAACGCGCCGCCGACGCUUUGUUGGAUUGUAUCGGCCUGGGGGACGUUCCACUUUUGACAGCGAGUGACGUGAAACACGGCAAACCAAAUCCCGAACCAUACGCCAAAGCCAUGCUCACGCUCGGUGUUUCGCCCAGAAACUGUGUUGUAUUUGAAGACUCCAAGAGUGGAACCACUUCUGCCCGAGCUGCCGGUGUGGGUUUCGUCAUUGCUAUAUCGAAUAAUGUGAGUGGCUGCGAUGCGUUUUAUGAAAAUUACGCUGACAUCGAACCGAACGAAAUCAUUCAGCAUCUCGAAUCCGUGGCGCAACUUUCAGACGAACUGACGGAAAUGUUUGGACAGCGCUCUAUUGUGCAUCCCGUUCGCGCAAGCGGAGGGUACAUCUCUGAAGUCCUGUCGGCGAGCUGUGGUGCGCGUAAACUCGUCGUAAAACAAGAAAAUAGUGAUCACGGUGUCUUACAGGAUGUCAGCGAGCAGUUGGCGUUGCAUAUGACCGAGUGUGAAUUUUAUAGGACAUUCUCGAGUAUGGCCCCGGUACGAAUACCGACUUACUAUGGAGUACUAUCCGAUAGUAAAGCUAUCGUCAUGGAAGACUUGCGCAAAUACAACAGAGCGCCGGAGUUCACGCUUGUGAGCGGUCUAAAAGUAGUGCAAGCCAUUGCGACCCUGCAUUCGCACUUUCAAGGCAUGAACUUGGGAAAACUAUCAGAGCACUCCGCGUACAUGAAACAGCACGUCCACAGAAACUAUCAACGCUUCAAAGCGCGUUGGUCAGGCACGUUGUCAGGAGAAACGAUGGAACUUUUUGAUCAUGCUGCCAAAUUUUACGAGGACGCCGAAGCACAGUUGUUGAGAAAACCCUGCACCUUGCUCCACGGUGACUUGAAGUUUCCAAACUUGUUCUGGGAUUACGGUGUCAACGGCGGUGAACCGAUAUUUAUUGAUUGGCAAUACGCAGGACCCGGACAAGGCGUCGAAGAUAUUGUCUUUCUUCUCGUUGAAAGCUGCGAAAUAUCAAGUUUCGAGUCGUUGGCUGAACCUCUCAUAAGCGCGUACUAUGAAGAAAGGCAAAAGCUCGACGACAUCCAGGUAGCAAAGAGCGAACGGCGCGUGCAGGUGAGCUGCGCCUUGGCGACUUUCCCACUUUUCGUGGCGGUAUGGUUUGGUUGCAUCGAUGCCAGCAAACUGAGCGAACCCAACUUUCCGUUCCUAUACAUCAUCAGGCUCGCGAACGCGUUCACGCAUCUUUACGACUCAAACUGGACGCACUACAAAGUUUAA